CGAGAAGUCAAUCAACCAAUCAUAAUGUAGAGACCAAGCAAACGCGGGACUUCGACCGUGUUGCAUAACGUGUUUACAAAAGUGUUUGUUUACGAAUGUGAUUGUGUAUAGGUUUUGUGAAGGAUUUUGUGUGACAAUCUUGUAUGUGGAGCUGUGCCAAACUGAUUCAUUGUGGGACGGGUCAGCUUAGAUCAAGACAGGGUCUACAUUUAACACAUCAACUCAGCUCAGUUCCUAUCUUGUACCUUGUGGGACUUUCUUCCAAAAUGAGUGGGAAUGGAAAGUCCAAUAAGUUGAAAAGAAAAGCCGAAGAAGAUUCUGGGAGUCCUGAAAAAAGGUUGAAAGCAGAAACAAGCAAAACAUCUGUUGAUUUUCUAAAUGAUAUCACAGAAAAUCGUCAGUCUGUUUGUGAAUCUGUUUGUAAGUUCAAAUUCAACAAGAAAAGAGUGAGAGUGUUGUCAGCAGCCAAAGAGUUCCCCGAUGACUGCGAUGGCGUUGUGUAUUGGAUGUCCAGGGAUCAGAGAGUACAAGACAACUGGGCCUUCCUGUACGCUCAGCGUCUGGCCCUAAAGAUGGAGGUGCCACUUCACGUCUGCUUCUGUCUGGUGCCACGGUUCCUGGAGGCUACGAUUCGGCAGUUCGGCUUCAUGCUCACGGGACUCCAGGAAGUGGAACAGGAGUGUAAGACACUGAACAUAUCAUUUCACCUGCUGAUCGGCUACGCGAAGGAUGUCCUGCCGGACUUCGUUAAGGACAACAACAUAGGUGGUGUGGUCACUGACUUUGCCCCGCUGCGUACCCCCAUGGCCUGGGUCACUGAUGUGAAAGAGAGGCUGCCGAAAGAUAUCCCAAUGUGUCAGAUCGAUGCUCAUAACAUUGUGCCUUGUUGGGAGGCGUCGCCCAAGUUAGAAUAUGGAGCCCGCACAAUACGCAAGAAAAUAACAGAAAAACUCCCAGAAUUCCUCACUGCAUUUCCACCUGUGUGUAAACACCCUCAUAAUGCCACAGUUAAAUCUGAACCUGUCAAGUGGGAGGCGGCCUACGCCAGCCUGGAGGUGGACCGUUCCGUGAAGGAGGUGGACUGGGCCAUCCCAGGAACCAAGGGGGGUCUUCAGAUGCUGGAGUCAUUCUGUAAAGACCGACUGAAAUAUUUCAACGCUGAUCGCAACAAUCCUAAUAAGAAUGCUGUCAGUAACCUGUCACCAUGGAUACAUUUUGGGCAAAUCUCAGUUCAGAGAUGUAUACUGACUGUGAAGCAGUUUCGCAGCAAGGGAACUGAGAGCGUGAACGCGUUCAUCGAAGAGGCAGUGGUGAGACGCGAGCUGGCUGACAACUUCUGCUUCUACAACAAACAUUAUGAUUCCAUUGAAGGAGCAUACGACUGGGCGAAGACAUCACUGAAGUUGCAUGCUGGGGACAAGCGGCCAUAUUUGUACUCUCGCCAGCAGCUGGAGGACGGAAAGACUCAUGACAAGCUCUGGAAUGCUGCCCAGUUGCAGAUGGUGAAUGAGGGAAAGAUGCACGGUUUCCUGAGGAUGUACUGGGCCAAGAAAAUCCUCGAGUGGACCCGUUCUCCGGAGGACGCUCUCAAGGACUCCAUCUUCCUCAACGACAAGUACAACUUGGAUGGUCGAGAUCCUAACGGUUACGUUGGAUGCAUGUGGUCAAUCUGUGGCAUCCACGACCAGGGCUGGAAGGAGCGCGAAGUGUUCGGCAAGAUCCGCUACAUGAACUACAAGGGCUGCACCAGGAAGUUUGAUGUGCCGGCGUUUGAAAGGAAAUACAAAGUUAAGAAGAUAUGAACGACAUGUCUUUAACUAUACUCAUUGACAAGAUUCUUGUCACGCAAUUUUGGUGGUGGAUGCUGGCAUAACUGCUGUUUCAAAAAUAACUACAAGGUCUCUUGGGUGGUUACCAUGGUUACUGUGUGAUCCUGCUGGAGUGGCAUUGUACUGAGACGAUGGAGGUCAUCCCUUGGUGCUAAUACUCAGGAACUUUAAGGGUGCAGUACUAACAGUCAGAAGCAGGGUUUCUGAUGAAGUUUUUGGUAUCAAACCAGUCAUUAAAUAAAAUGGUUGCUGGGCAACGAAACCACUUUGUGUC